ACUCACUCAUUCUCUCAAUCAUCCAUCGUUUUCCCAUACCCUUUUCCCCCAAAAAAAAAAAUACAACAAAAAAAAAAUAAGGCAUCUCCAAGGAUGAAUAUGGCGAGAAUGAACAUGUCCUUGUGCUUAGCCUUCAUAGUGGCAUCAGGAGCAAUCUUCCAGGCAUCGGGAACGUUGUUCUUACUGCCACAUUACCUGAAGAAAAUGCCGAGAUUCUCCAAAGAUGUCGAGCCUUUCGCCUACAAGGGGAUAACGACGUAUAUGCACGGCCUCCAGAAGGGUUGUCCCGAGACAUCGGAGUUCAAGACAUUCUUCUCGAAGCUCCAAGACUACAUGAACACUGUUAACUCAGUUUCCCAGAUGUCUGGUUCCAUGGAUGCUACGGCUGUCCAGUCUCAGAUGAAAGGGAAGGCCGAGGGGCUUUACACCGCCAUAUCUCACCUGUCUGGUGGCAGCUCUGGUUCGGCGGAAGCGAAGAAGAUGUUCGAAACGGUGCAGAGCUUGGGGAAGACAUUGAUGGAGCAGAGGAGGAGUUCUUCUUCGACUCUUUCGGCUGAUCAACAGCGAGCGAUCCAGGUUUCGAUCUCGAAAUGCGCACAAGGGAUCGGUCAGUUCGUGAGCUCGGCUGCUCAGAAGAACGGCGGAAAUUCCAUUGACUUCUCAGCUGGUCUCAAUGUCGGCUCAGACAGUGACAAUGAUGAUGACAUCACCACCAGUUCCUCUGCCAUUGGAAGGAGAGGUUCUGCUGGAGGUGCUUCCGGUGGAAGUUCCUUCUCCAUGGGAGGCGGAAGGUCCUCUUUUGGCGCAAGUUCUGGCUCUGCUUCGGGAGGAAGUUACCUUAGCGGUGGCUCAUCGGGUGCAAAAUCUUCCUAUGGCUCUGGUUCAAGCUCUGCAUCCGGCUCAAGCUCCAUGAGCGGUGGAAGCUUCAGAAGUGGUUCCUAUGGCUCAUCCUAUGAUUCAAGCGAGGCUGCAGCCAGAGGUUCGGCCAUGAGCGGAAGCUACGGGCAGCACCUCAGUGGGUGGAAACGGUAACAUCAAAGGCACACUGGACUACCAGAGCUCUGCCAAAAGAUCCCACGACAAAUCUUCCUCGACCACUUCAUCGGAGAUGAAGAACUCAGGCAGGUUCCGAUUCCAUUCCAAGUAGAUUUCAGACAGAAAAGUCUUCUGUAAAUAAAGAAAAAAAUGUCCAUAAGGUAAGAAAAUGGCGGAAAAGCCAUCGUAAGUAUAGCUAUGAGUAUGAAUAAUACGAGAGAAUGAGGGCCAUGCUUGAUUACAAGCAUUGAGCUGAAGUAUUAUGGUUAUAAAUAUUUGAGUUUCCCAUUC